GAAAUUCGACAUAAAUCCAGUGACUACCCUCAUAAAGUUGCAAAAUACCCAGAAAACAGAAAUCGAAACAGAUACAGAGAUGUUAGUCCAUACGAUCAUAGUCGUGUAAAACUGCAGAACACUGAGAAUGACUAUAUCAACGCCAGCCUAGUGGUCAUAGAAGAAGCCCAGAGAUACUAUAUUUUAACACAGGGUCCACUACCUAAUACAUGUUGUCAUUUUUGGCUAAUGGUAUGGCAACAACAAACAAAAGCAGUUGUCAUGCUGAACAGAAUUGUUGAAAAAGAAUCGGUGAAGUGUGCACAAUACUGGCCAACAAAAGAAGAGGAAGUUAUGACAUUCAAUGAAACAGGUUUCCGUGUGAGGCUAGUAUCUGAAGACUUCAAAUCCUAUUACACAGUACAUCUACUGCAAUUAGAAAAUAUCAACAGUGGUGAGUCCAGGAUGAUCUUUCAUUUUCAUUAUACUACAUGGCCAGACUUUGGAGUUCCUGAAUCUCCAGCUUCAUUCCUGAACUUCCUGUUUAAAGUCAGAGAGUCUGGCUCACUAAGUCCUGAACACGGACCUGUAGUGGUUCACUGCAGUGCAGGGAUAGGACGUUCUGGCACGUUUUCAUUAGUAGACACUUGUCUUGUUCUGAUGGAAAAAAAAGACCCAUUUUCUGUAGAUAUUAAGAAGGUAUUACUGGAUAUGAGAAAAUACCGAAUGGGACUUAUUCAGACUCCUGAUCAACUAAGAUUUUCGUAUAUGGCUGUAAUAGAAGGAGCAAAAUUUAUAAUGGGAGAUUCAACUAUACAGAAACGGUGGAAGGAGCUCUCUAAGGAGGACCAAGCACCAAGUUCUGAGCAGUCUCCUCCACACCCAACCAGAAUAACCACAGAGAAGUACAAUGGGAACAGCAUAGGCCUGGAGAACAAAGAUCAAAUGGAGAAAAUAAAUACUGACCUGUCCACUAAAGUUCAGGAUAUCACAGAUGGAAACAUUGAAAGUACUGUCCGAAAACGACUGCGAGAGGAUAGAAAAGCAAACACAGCACAGAAGCUGCAGCAGAUGAAGCAGAAGCUAAAUGAGACUGAAAGAAAAAGAAAAAGGUGGUUAUAUUGGAAACCUAUUCUCACUAAGAUUGGGUUUGGUACACUGAUUUUAGUUGGUGCUUAUUCUUGCUGGAAAAUGUAUUUUCAAGAACAUUCCUUGUAAGUAAACAGUAAGCCUGUCUGCUCCAGCAGCUAAUUUUGCUGAAAGUUAAUGACUAGGGGUGUGACUUUAAGCAGUAAACUCCCUACCCCUGGAAUGGGUACAGACCCUUACAUACCAUAGAGCAGCGAUGUAAUCUUGAUCACAUGUCAACAUCUCAGGACUUUCCACUGCAGGUACUUACAGAAAUGAACUGCUGCCCCUCAACAGAGUUUAUGGGUUUUUUUGUUUAUAUGAGCAGGUACAAACUUGCUGCAACUGUUUACACACUUUUUAAAAUGGUGUUCUACCAGAUCCUAAGCAAACCUUGAACCACAGAGGUUUAGCUACUGAAGGCUGUCUGGAUUUAAAUUUACAUGCCUGACAUAAGCAAUAAACAGUGUUGUAUCAUUUACCUUAUUAAUGCAAAGAAGUUAUCCUUAAAUGUGUGUAAUGUGUAAUGUACUAGUGACAUGAAUAUAAACAUUUUAUAUUCUUAUGACCUAGGAUAAAUAUAUUUUAUAAUUGCAUAUUUAAUCUUUUUGUAGUUCACUGUACUUUUAAAAGCUCAGUUUGUACAAAUUUCUGACCAAAAAGAAUUUGAUUUUGAAACUAAAUGUAAUUUGUG